AAGAAACUAAUAUGGAAACUAAACGGGACCUCAUAGCCCCAAAUAGCUUCUCCAGGGAGUGUAAUAAUGUGGUUGAUGCGCUGUUGUUUUCAUUUUUUUUUUUAAAGUUAACAGAACAGUUUCUGGUGAGCCUGUGAAAAAGUUUAUCUGGUAAUAAGGCAUCGGUCAUGCUGGAGUUAACCUUGGAGACGCUGAAAAUGCAUUAAAUCGAGAUUUUAUUGGGAGUGAGAUGUUAGACUUUCUUUCAGGCCCCUGAGGUCUUCACCUGACUGCAACUUUUACCUGUACACGUCCAUUGAGCUUUGGAAUAGACCGCCGCUCGUUGAAGAUGUUUCCUUCAAAUAAAAAACAUUGGUGAAACGCCAAAGUUUUGAUUCAGUUUGAAAUGAUGCACAAGGACCAUCGUAACUUCAGGAGGAGUUCGUUUUUUAACUCGGGCUCCGCUUGGAGACGCCACUCCUGCAUCGGCUUCGAUGUGGAAAAUGGGUUGUCGAUCGGGCGAAGUCCACUGGACCCCACGAUCAGUCCAAGCUCUGGCCUGGUCCUCCAGGCGAACAGCCAGCGGCGCGAGUCGUUCCUCUACCGAUCCGACUCGGAUUUUGACCUCUCGCCUAAGAUGUCCAGAAACUCCUCAACGGCCAGCGAGCUUCAUGGGGAGGACAUGAUCGUAACGCCGUUUGCUCAGGUUCUUGCCAGUCUGCGUACUGUAAGAGGAAAUGUUGCAGCUUUGACUCACGGGCAGGACAGAGGCAACAAGAGACCGCCUGUCACGAAUCCUCCAGCUGUCUGUAAGACAAACCUAUCAGAUGAGGCGUAUCAGAAACUCGCUGUCGAGACUCUUGAAGAGCUGGAUUGGUGUUUGGACCAGCUGGAGACCCUGCAGACACGUAACUCAGUCAGUGAAAUGGCAUCCAAUAAGUUUAAAAGAAUGCUCAACAGAGAGCUUACUCAGCUAUCCGAGACCAGCCGAUCUGGAAACCAGGUGUCGGAGUUCAUAGCAAGCACAUUUUUACAGAAACAACACGAUGUGGAGAUUGUGCCAGCAACAUGUAAAGAAGAGAAGAAACGGCGUCCAAUGUCUCAUAUAAGUGGAGUAAGAAAACUGAGCCCCAGUCCAAGUCUCCCACCAACAUGCAUCCCAAGAUUUGGUGUCACCACACCAAAUGAGAAUCUCCUGGCUAAGGAGAUUGAAGAAAUAGAUCGAUGGGGUAUAGAUAUCUUUAAGAUAGCAGAAUAUUCCGGAAAUCGGCCGCUGACAGUCAUAAUGUACACAAUCUUUCAGGAGCGAGAUUUGCUCAAAACCUUCAAAAUCCCAUCAGACACCUUCCUGACCUUCCUCAUGACUUUAGAAGACCACUAUCACGCAGACGUAGCCUACCAUAACAACAUCCACGCUGCAGAUGUUGUACAGUCCACGCAUGUUCUUCUCUCCACACCUGCACUAGAGGACGUGUUCACAGAUCUUGAGAUCAUGUCUGCUCUGUUUGCCAGUGCGAUUCAUGAUGUGGAUCAUCCAGGACUGUCCAACCAGUUCCUUAUUAACACAAACUCUGAACUGGCACUGAUGUAUAAUGAUGCCUCUGUGUUGGAGAAUCAUCAUUUGGCUGUGGGCUUCAAGCUUCUACAGGAGGAGAACUGUGACAUCUUCUGCAACCUCAGCAAGAAACAACGUCAGUCCAUGCGGCAGAUGACUAUAGAUAUGGUAUUAGCCACUGACAUGUCCAAACACAUGAAUUUCCUUGCUGACCUCAAGACAAUGGUAGAAACCAAAAAAGUCACCAGUUUAGGAGUUUUGCUGCUGGACAACUACUCAGAUCGAAUACAGGUGCUCCAAAAUAUGGUUCACUGUUCCGACCUCAGCAACCCAACCAAACCCCUGGAGCUCUACCGACAGUGGACAGAUCGUAUCAUGGUAGAGCUCUUCAGUCAGGGUGACCGCGAGCGGGACAAGGGUAUCGAAAUCAGCCCCAUGUGUGACAAACACACAGCAUCUGUAGAAAAAACUCAGGUGGGAUUCAUCGAUUACAUCGUCCACCCUUUGUGGGAGACGUGGGCUGAUCUAGUCCAUCCAGACGCUCAGGAUAUUCUAGAUACAUUAGAGGACAAUCGUGAAUGGUACCAGAGCAUGAUUCCACGCAGCCCUUCGCCCACCCCUGAAGAGCAGGACUCACGGGCUAUAGUGGGUGCCGGGGGCUCAGCGGCAGAAAAGUUUCAGUUUGAUUUGACUCUUGAAGAAGAGGAUGGAGAGUUAGAAACUAAUGAAGAGAACAUUAAUAAAAAAGCACCAAGGACUAUGAACGUCAAGCAUUUAGCAACAUCCGAGAGCUUUACGGUUAUAACUCCUAUGUUAGACCUGGACCAAGAAAUGACCAGCGUGUCCAUCCUGCAGUUGGAAACUUAACACGGCCAUCUUCUACCAGAGUUGCUUCGAUCAUGAUGCUUACACUUGUGAGGUUUGAGGUUUAGUGGAGACUGGCAGGUGUGUCAGCCAUCCACUACUAAAUCUGGAGCAUUUAAUAUACUUUUUAAAUAAUUGGACUCAACCGGUUUUAAAAACGCAAACUCUUGUGAAGGAUUGAGGAGGAACAUAGAUGAAUGUUUCCACGAAGAUACAUGGUGUCUUCCCUUAUCCUGCCCACGAAUGCUGACAUUCUCAUGAUGUGAACUUUAUCAGACUCUAGGAUAUUUAUUAUCUCCAAACUUUUAACUUAAUGCUUUUGAUUUUUUAUGCUUUUGCCACUGAGAUAAACCGAGUUGAAUGGAACAGGACAGUCGUUACAACUAUUUAAUGCAUCAGCGAUAAGAUUGUGAUGCUAACAACCUCAGGAUAAGAAUGAUAUUAUGUAGCAAGACUCCAUAGGGCAGUAGGGCAGUCACUAAACUUUAUAAUCUUGUUAUAAACCAAUUAAACAGGAAAAAUGUUUAAUAAAUUAUCAAAAAACUCACUGUCAAAUUUAAGCCCACCAUAUGGAGAAUCCCUUUACAUGUGUUUGUACUGAAAUACCUUUAUACCUCUUGACAGAUUAGCACUAUGUAGACAAACAGGAUUGAUCUUGAACUUCAUUCCUGACCAAUGAAUGAACUCAAAUGAUCUUCACACACUCCUAAAAAUAAAGGUUCCUAAUGGCGCACUCACAUUUGCCAAGGUUGCAUUGAACCUUGCCCACUCUCCCACAGGCUUGCACUCACACUAUACUUUUUUCGAUCCGUGCCCAAGCACGCUUUGUCAUUAGGAUGCGGUUGUUUUGGAAGUAAAGCACUCUCGUAAUGUUUAAUUUGUGGUUUUUCAUUUGGGACGCGAUGACACACAUUUCUCUCACCAUGCCUGCCAUCAUAUUGCUUAGUCGAUCUAUUGACGUAACUUGCUGCUGAACCAACAUAGUACGAUGCAUAAUUGGAGAAACUAACUACCUUGUCACGACUGUUUCCCGAAAGCAUAGUAAGUUUGUCGCACAUUCGUUGUUUGAACCAUGUUGGUUUAACAACAUAGUUGAUGAUGUCACAUGGGAGGUUAAGUACUAAUUAAUUUGUGCAAAUUGAUUUAAUGUCAGAUUAUUGUUGUAAGAUUAUUGUUGUAAGAAGACUGAUUUUGUUAUCGUGAUUUAGUUAUCUGUUGUUUAUUUUCAAGAUAUUCAAUUAAUGCGCAAGUUCCCUCUUACGUCACUCCUCCCAGGGAUUCCCCAGGAUCUUAAAGCUUGUAUGACUGCGCUCAUGCGCAGUUUUCAAAUGCAGCGCUUUAAUUUUGUUUACAAACUUAAAGACAUAAAAUAAAAUUUGUAUAUAUUUCGAAUGAUGGAUAUAGACUGUACUACAUGUUUUUUGCUUAUUUUGUUCGAAAACAUGAUCAACGUAAAGUCUACAGAUUAAAAUAACAAGGAACUAUGCUUCUAACCACAGGUGAAGAGCUGUCGUUCCAACGACACAACUUUGCGAUGCAGUUUGCGAAUGUCCGCUGGAGCGAUGUUUUCGGGAAACACCCGAACUAUGCUGAAACGAUGGAACUUGCAAUCGUAGUUUGCUAACGAUGCUUUCGGGAAAGGCACCCCUGUGCGAUUUUCUAGGCAAAUAUGGUUAGGCACCGAAAAUAUUCCCCUGUAUUGAAGUUACCAAGGGGAGUAUUUUCGGCUGCUGCGUAAUAUCAUUGCGCCUCAAGCAGCCAUGUUACAGCAGCAAAGUCCUUGAUUAUUACACCAGAAUGAGAGUAUAGUUCCUAGCCAUAUCUGCCUAGAAAAUUGCAACUUUUAAUUUUCCGUCGGUUUUAGUAACUACAGAAGAGUCAAGUUUUAAAUAGGAAAAAUAUCGCAACUCUUUGGUUAUUUUUUUGCGCGAUGCUAAUGGUCUAAUCAGAUUCAAUGAAUUAUGCUAAGCUAUGCUAAAAGUGGUACCGCCAGUCCCGGACAUCAGCUGAAUGGAUUCCAAAACUGUAAAAAUCAAAUGUUUAACUUUUAGGAAGCUGGAAAAUGAGCAGAUUUUCAAAAAAAGUGGAGUGUCCCUUUAGCCCUGCUGUGCAAAUCAGAAGGUUUUUGCGACGAAUCACCUUCUCAAACUAUGCUCAAACCCACCUCUGCAUGUGGGCCAGGGUCUGAUCAACCAAACCGGAGCGCUUAAGCGAACCAGGCUUUGGGGGUCAAAUGUGCUUGGGCAUAGUGUGAGUGCGCCCUAAAAUGUUUGUUGUCAGGCUCAGAUAAUAUCCACGCUUUCUGUUGCACAAAGGGUUUUUUGUAGUGAAAAUAAGACUAUAAAUAUGAAAGAAAUGACUGAAAGGUUCAUUGAGAAAACCAAAAAGGGUUCUCCGAAGGCAUCACACUCAUAAAAUAAAGGUGCUUUAAAAUUCCCGAAAUCGAAUCACAAGAAUUUCAGCAUUCCAAAGAUAUGUGACAUGUUUAGUUUUCUGUCAAAUAAUGUAUACCUCUCACCACACACUGGAAGGUUAAGGGGUUAAAGGUUCCUUUUUUGGGUUGCCAUAGAGGAAUGUUUCACAAUCUUGGCCCUCGAGUAGCCUGGUCCAACCAGACUCUCGUAAAUUCAUUUCAUUUGUACAGAGAGUCUGGCCAAGCUCUAUUGCAAAGCGUUACUUCCGUUAAGGAGGGUCCAUUGUUGAAGUUUAAAACUAUUGGAUCUGCCCAGAGUCACUCAGGAUCUGCCAAAGCCAAUCGCUAACGUGUGGUCGUGAGGUAUAUCAUGCACCGAAACCGGACGGAAACAACAAGUCAGAAUAAUCAGACAAACAAAACUUAGCAAACCUGGUUCUUGCUCCGGCUUUAACUUCUGUAUAUUCGGCAGUUUUGCAACAACGGACCGAAUAGCUUUUCUCACGUCUUUCUCCGCUGCCAUUACUGAACUACAACUCAAACUGUCGCACGACCUCAACGUCAUCGUUCUUAGCCACCCCCAUCUGUUCGCUGAUUGGUCCUGCAGAUUUUUGCAGGAGAAAACGAAACUCUAUAGAGCAAUCCCAGACGUACUGCUGAAGCGAAAUGAAAAUUAAGCGGAAGCGCGUAGGAGGGCGGAGCCAGGCUAGCCCUCAAGUACCCCCUUCCAGAAUGUUUUAGAUGUCUCCUUAUUUAACACUUAUUAAAAACUCAUUAGCUUGUUGGGGAGACAUGUUAACCUUUCUGGGAAGAGGCUGAUGAGUUGAAUAAGGUGUUUUAAAUGAGACGACAUCUAAACCUUUCUGGAAGGGGGUACUCAAGGACCAGGAUUGGGAAACAUUGCCAUAGAGGAACAAUUUUUGGUUCCUUAAAGAACCAUUCAGUCAAAGGUUCUUCAUUUCUGAAUGUUAAAGGUUCUUUAUAUAACCAUUCAGCCAAAAAUAUUUAUUCUAUGGCAUCAUAAAGCACCUAAAUGUUUCUGAGUGCACUACAAAAAACACGUUUUAGCACCUUUAUUUUUAAGAGUGUCGAGCCUUCUGUUGGCAAAAUCUAAUCUCCCCCACACUUGCACUAACUGAAUCAGUAUUUUAUGCUGAUUUUCACUGAUGUAUCCAUGUUCAGUGAGAUUGUAAAUUGGAGAAAGCCUCUAAAAAACUCUGGCUGCCUCCACCAGGUCAUAAACAAAAGUGGAUCUAAUAUUAAAUGUCACAGAUGGAUUUAUUUUUGUUAACCCCAGAUCAGCACACUAUGAGCUUGCAGGCUUUGAAAAAAACCUUAAGUCAGCAUUUGUAGAUGUUUAUUCUUCAAAAUAUUCCAUGAAUAAAAGAUCUGGAUGUGUAGAGUCAAAGUUGCAGACAUGCCAUGAAACGACUUUAAAGGUGAAGUGUGUACUUUCUACUGUAUAGACAGAUUUAUUUAUUAACCCUAGAUUAGCACUGCUACAUUUUUGAAGAAAGAAAUAUUUUAAAUGUAUAUAUGCUUACAAAAACACACAGCUACUUUAAAGGCAAUCAUUGGAGAAAUAUUUUUUCACAGACAGAUGGUGGUGUAACGGCACAGGCUAUCCUGCCAAAACUGAACCCCCUAUAGGUUUAAGAGUAAGUUUAAAGAAGGACUACCUUUAUGUUUGACCAAAGGCAGACUGUUACACACUUCACCUUUAAUAUGUAAAGAAUAAUAAAAAACGAAUUUGUAACAUUUUCUACAUUCCCUUAGAAAAGCAACAGUCAUCUGCACCGAGAGAGGAGGUUAAGUCUGCAUUUACAUUUAUUUCAGCUUUGAUGCUAAAAAGUGCCACAUACCCAGUAGCCUUGGCCACACUCACCUCAGAGAUGAGCCAGGGUAGAAACGCAAGCAUAUACAGCCUUAAAACACAUCCCUUUAGCUUCAGUGCUCUUACAGUACAGUAAAGACUGUGAAACAUUUAUAGUGUCUAAAACCAAUUCUGUUGUAUGAUAAUAACUCUUAUCUGUAAUGAUGUGCUGAAUUCUCUGUAUGUAAUAUUACUGACAGUCUCAAAAGUAUUUGUUCAGUUUGUUUACAGGUUGAGGCCGCAUGUGCUUCAGAUAAAGGUGGUUUAUCA